AUGAGCGAGCCCCCUUCUCCUGCCGGGCUCCUCGUGCUUGGCCUCAACCCGGGCUUGCAGACCAUUCUCCGCUUGCGUGACCUGGACCUGGGCCAGGUGAACCGGGCAGAGGCCGCUAUUACUGGAGUCGGCGGCAAGGGUCAGAACGCCGCCAAAGCUGCCAAGGUUGUUCUGAGGUUACGGCCGGAGAGCUCAUGCCCGGUGACUGUUUGCCAGUUUCUUGGUGGGAGCACGGGCGAAGAGGUCAAGCGCCUGCUGUCCCAGCAAGGUAUACACGACAUUACUACCCAGACAGGCGCGGCAACGAGGCAACUGGUCACUCUGGUCGACUACGCUGCCUCUGGUGGCAACCCGGUGGUCACCGAGCUCGUCGCUCCGUCGCAACCGAUUGAGGAGGCCGCUGCACAAGAGCUGUUGGCCAGAAUCACCGAUGCCGCUUCGAGCUUCAGGGGCAUCCUGCUGAUGGGAACCUGGCCGAAUGGCACCACGUCGCGGCUGUACCAGGCUGCGGCUGAGGCUAAGGCUACAGGUGCCUUGUGCGUUCUGGAUGCGGUGAAGCCAGUGCAGGACAUUGAAGAUCUCCUAGCGAGCGGGAACAUCGACAUCUACAAGGUCAACGCUGUGGAGCUAUGUACCUUGAUGGGUGCGCAAGGCCUCCGAGAAGGAGAGGUCGAGGAAUAUCAAGUUCGAGAAGCAGUGUCGAAAAUGUUUGACAAGUAUCCUGGAGUGAAGCAUGCGGCCAUCACUGCUGGUCCCCAGGCCGCAUUUCUCUUCUCACGAGAUUCGGCGGUGCGCUACGACAUUCCCAAAGUUGACUGUCUGAACCCGAUUGGUGCUGGAGACACGGUGGCCGGGGUGCUGAUGGCUUCCUGGUGCUCAGGACUCGCCCAGGACUUCGAGGAGGCGAUGCUGUAUGGCUUGGCCUCGGCUACAGCAAAGGUGAAAGAGGAAGGUGAAGGUGGAAAGUUCGACAUCGAGGCAAUGCUGACGAUCAAGAAGGCGAUUUCAAUGAUGCGGACAAAAAAGGUUCCCAGGAGCUACCGGCGGCGCUGGAGUGCAAUGCAAGAAGUGAAGAACAGCUCCUCUGUGCUGAGGCAGUUCGUCACAGUUGGCAGAUUCGCAUUGCAUCAGGAGCUCGAGCCUGCGGAGACUUGGGAACAGAGUGCAUCAUCUUUCUCGCCUCAAGCACUGGGUGCCGACCUGGCCAAAGAGGUGGCUGGAGUGUCCUUCAUGCAGGAGGGCAUCGAGCGGGCAGAUGCCCUGCCAAGACAUUUGCACAAGGUCCUGAUGGACUCGAUGGUUUCCGUUCCCAUGUUUUUGGCGCUGUUCACUUUGGUGAUGCUGUGGGCAAGGUGUACCGUGGCCUUGACAAACCGUGAGCAGAAAGAGCCCAGCACUCCAUCAGCUGUGGAUGCUUGGUGCGUCCAAGGGGCGGAGGCGGAGUGUGAUGGGAAGUGGCUGUGUCACGAGCUCAUUGUCCCACGGAACAGCCGAUGUGCUGUUACCGUGCCUCGCAUGCUGAAAGAAGGACCUUGGACAGCUGUAGUGAGUGACAAGAUGGGCCAAUGCAUGUUCAAGGUGUGUACUACAGAGGUGUCACCUGUACACCCGGCUCUCAAAAUGCAUGGUCCUCGCACGAUUCUUCACACGGCACCAGCAGACGACGAGGAUGCGGUUCUGCUGGCCGUCCAUGAGCAGGAGCCUUGCGACCUCAGAAUCGCAGGAACGAGACCGCCCCGUGACCAGGAACGCUGCUUGCCAGUCCAAGUUCCCAAGGCGGCCAUAGCAUUCUUGGCAUUCCUCGCCGUUUUCGCAGCGGGUGUGAUCCUCGCCAUCAAGCUGCGCCCAGCUGGCUACGGCGAAGAUACCUUCACAGACCCGUCUCUGAGGCACUCUUCGAACCUGGACGAGGCGACUGAAGGCAUCAACAGGAAGGCGUCACGACCGGAGAAUAUGUGCAAGAACUGCAAACCGUGUGCUGACCAGCUCAGCUGCGUGCGGAUUGUCGACGACUUCUUUCGGAAUGCAGCCAAAGGCCAGCUAGGACUCUUCCGGACAUACCAGCAAUCCUUGUAUGCCGGUGAUUGUGCGAAUUGCGACCUCGCUGGAGACUUUGAUUCCCUCACCAAGCGCUGUGAUGUCUAUGACAACGCAGUUGCAGCGAUCUACCUGACGCAGAGGGGGAAUUACGAAGCGGCGCAGGGCAUACUCAACGUCUUCCUUCGGCUCCCGGAUCUGAGAUUGAACUGA